AUGGCACCUGUACACAAUAGCACUUCUGUCCCCUUCUCUGAGUUCCUCCUCAUCUGCUUCCCUGGCUUUCAGAGCUGGCAGCACUGGCUCUCCCUGCCCCUCAGUCUACUCUUCCUCUUGGCUAUGGGGGCCAAUAUGACUCUUCUAAUCACCAUCCGGCUAGAAGCCUCUCUACAUGAGCCUAUGUACUACUUGCUCAGCCUUCUUUCCCUGCUGGAUAUCGUGCUCUGCCUCACUGUCAUCCCCAAAGUCCUGCUCAUCUUUUGGUUUAAUCUCAAGACCAUCAGUUUCUCUGCCUGCUUCUCCCAGAUGUUUGUCAUGAAUAGCUUCUUGACUAUGGAGUCCUGCACCUUCAUGGUUAUGGCAUAUGACCGUUAUGUGGCCAUCUGCCACCCCCUGAGAUAUCCAUCCAUCAUCACUGAUCACUUUGUGGCCAAGGCAGCUGUUUUUGUCUUAGCUCGGAAUGUCCUCUUUUCCCUCCCUGUCCCCAUUCUCUCUUCCCGACUACGAUACUGUGCAAAGAACAUCAUCAAAAAUUGCAUUUGCACCAACCUAUCCGUUUCCACACUUUCUUGUGAUGACAUCACUUUAAACCGGCUCUAUCAAUUAGUGGCUGGUUGGACCCUGCUGGGCUCUGACCUCAUCCUCAUCAUCCUCUCCUAUGCCUUUAUUCUUCGGGCUGUGCUGAGGAUCAAGGCAGAGGGGGCUGCCGCCAAAGCUCUAAGCACAUGUGGCUCCCAUUUCAUCCUCAUUCUCUUCUUCAGCACUAUCCUCCUGGUUUUGAUCAUCACCAAUGUGGCCAGAAAGAAAAUCCCUCCUGAUGUCCCCAUUCUGCUCAACAUCUUGCACCAUCUAAUCCCUCCAGCCAUGAACCCCAUUGUUUAUGGUGUGAGGACCAAGGAAAUUAAUCAGGGGAUCCAGAGGUUACUGAAGAGGCUGUUAGGUGAGUAA